AUGGCUCAACAUUUCUUUGGACACCCUGGCUCUGCUACAUUUCAGUCGACACCUAAAGCUGCUCAUCAUCGUGCGCAAACAAAGCUGGCAGAAGAGGGGCAUAGUAUAGACCAUGAGACAACAGGUGAAACGCUGUCUUUUGUAACACUAGAUGAUGGCCACGACCAACAAAGUGAGGACUCGGGCAUCAAUGUUUCAAGCAGAGGUUCACCUGUAAACCUUACUGUAGAUGAUGUUGUCCCCAACCCUGUUAACUCAAGAAUAGAUGAGAUUGGGAAGAAAGCUCAAGACCUUAUAGAGCGGAUCAACCAGAGCAGGGCCAUGGACCAGAAAGUCUUGAACAGCUUUGAGGAGAAGCUAAUGCGGAAGAUGAGUGAGAUGUGCCAGCAGGUGAAGGAGCAGAUGUUUGAGUAUUAUGAGGAGCACAGUCGAGGGAUGGAGACUAAGCUCACAGAGCUUUCAGAGGUGCUGGAGCGCAGCACUCAGCUUAGCAUGGAGCUACAGGGAGCCAGUCAGACACUGGCAGCCAUCAACAAAGGUCUACAACAAACUGCCCAGUAG